AUGGUGUAUUCUCGUUCAUUUGAAGAACAUCUCAAUCAUCUUACACAAGUAUUAUCUGCCUUAUCCAAACAUAAUUUUCAAAUUAACCUCACCAAAUGUAGUAUUUUUCAUCAACAAAUUGAUUAUUUAUCUCAUACGAUAACUGAACAUGGUGUUAAACAGGCUGAUGAAAAAAUUCAAGCUAUUAUUAAACUACGGGAACCAUCGAUACAUUAG